GGCGCUCUUCCGGCUCCACGUCGGCACCGGCGGAGGCAAAAUGGAGGCGCUGGUGCUGGAGCCGUCCCUGUACACGGUCAAGGCCAUCAUCAUCCUGGACAACGAUGGCGAGCGGCUCUUCGCCAAGUACUACGAUGACACGUACCCCAGCGUGAAGGAGCAGCGCGCCUUCGAGAAGAACAUCUUCAGCAAGACACACCGCAGUGACAGUGAGAUCGCGCUGCUGGAGGGGCUCACCGUGGUCUACAAGGGCAGCAUCGACCUCUACUGCUACGUCAUCGGCAGCGCCCACCAGAACGAGCUGAUGCUCACGGCCGUGCUCAACUGCCUGUUCGACUCCCUGAGCCAAAUGCUGAGGUACGGGGGGGACACCUGGGGACACCUGG